UAUCAACUUUAAAAAGAGUGAGUUUAGUUGGCACGGAACAGCCAAGCAACUUCAAUGGGAUUAAUUAACAACAAUAAAGUUUAAAUAAAUAAUAACUUUCGAUAACCUUUUUCAUUAUAAAAAUUAAAGAUUUUCAAUAUUUCUACUCACUUAAGUUGAUUACAGUGGUUAUAAGAUCAUCUAAUAACUUAUUUACAAAUUUGACAUUAUUAGAUUACGGAACAGUUAUUAGAUUACGGAACAGUUGGUUGAUAUAGUGAGUACAUUUAUGAAUGAUGAAGAAAAUAUCUAUAUUUAAAAUGCUAAUGGUAGCAUCAGCAAUGCAAUUGACAAGGCAAGAAAUAGCGAUAGAUAUUCUGAAGGAAAUGCUUAAAAACUAUGACAGAGCGGGUUAUGGAAAUGGCAAGACAGCUUAUGGUAACAAAUUUGUUACUGAAAUUAAUCAAGACAACAAAGCUUUAUCUGCUACAGCAAAUACAUAUCAGAAAGUUAGUAUGUAUCAAGAAGAAAAUCAAUUAUCACCGUUAUUUACUAGUGAUCAUGCUAAGGAUCAAUCAACACUUUCAAAACUCAUUUCUCUGUUAAAAAAUUAUUUCUCGCAUAAAAUUCCAAAAAAUAAGCAACCAAGCUUCAUAGGAAAAGUAACGACCACACGACUUAAUCGUUUUUCAAAGAAGUACAAGGAAAAAGCAGAUACUAAUAUACAUUCCUUCAACACUAACGGAGUUCCUUUACAUUACAACAAUUGGAAAGUAGAAAACGAUAUUGCUCAGUUAAAUCCAACUAUACCAACACAGGGAAUCCCUUGGAAAAAAGAAACUUCUGAAAAUGUCAAAUGGAUACCUUGGAGUGAAAAAAAAGAACUAUAUGAUUAUUUAUGGAAUGGUAUAACUACAAUGAAAAAUGAAUAUAAAAAAAAACAAAAAAUACUAAAAACAAAUGCAAUAAAACGUGUUCUUAAUGAUUUAAAUGAACUGUUUUUGCUUGAUGAGUUCAAAUAAAAGUUCCAUUCCUAUAUAUCCGAGAUUUUUAAAGUAGCAAAACAUUUAACUACGUCAAGAACAUUUGAACGCCAUUAAUUUAAAUUAAUUGUUUAAAGAAAUUGCAACAUUUUAAAGUCGCUAUUAACAAACAAGAAAAUAACAUGUUUAUUAUUCUAAUGACAGCGAGUUGGUUGUUAAAACCUAAAAAAAUUUAUUUAUGAUUUAUUUAUGAUCAGAGUUGAAGUUGUUUUUGUUUACAGUAUUUACUUACCGCAACAACCUACGAAUUUCCUCUCAAAAUUAAGAAUAACUGAAAAAGAUUGUAAAAAAUUCAUAUUAAUUAGUUUAAUUUAAACAAUUUUAUCUUUAUUUUAAUCUCAAUAUAUGACUAGUCAGCCAAA